CAGCGCGCGGCAGCAGUAGACAGUAUCGCUGGACAUAAGAGAAGGCGCUCGCGCUGCUUAUCCUGCUCUCCUUCCACAACAUAUCAACACAUCGAGGGAAACUUCGCGUUUUUUUGGACACGGUCUGACCCGGGGCCUCGGUGUUGUCACUGCGCACAGAGACGUAUCAUUAUGGGAAAACAGAACAGCAAACUCAGGCCCGAGAUGCUACAGGACCUGAGGGAGAACACGGAGUUCACUGACCACGAGCUGCAGGAGUGGUACAAGGGGUUCCUCAAAGACUGUCCCAGUGGGCAUUUGAACGUUGAAGAGUUUAAGAAGAUCUACGCCAACUUCUUCCCAUACGGUGAUGCCUCAAAGUUCGCUGAGCACGUCUUCCGUACGUUUGACACCAACAACGAUGGGACCAUCGACUUCCGGGAGUUCAUCAUUGCUCUGAGCGUGACAUCACGGGGAAAACUGGAGCAGAAGCUGAAGUGGGCCUUCAGCAUGUACGAUCUGGACGGCAACGGUUACAUCAGCCGUGAUGAAAUGCUAGAGAUUGUGCAGGCCAUUUAUAAGAUGGUGUCAUCGGUGAUGAAAAUGCCUGAGGACGAAUCCACACCAGAGAAGAGGACGGAUAAGAUAUUCAGACAAAUGGACCUGAACAAUGAUGGCAAGUUGUCUUUGGAAGAGUUCAUUAAAGGUGCCAAAAGCGAUCCCUCCAUUGUGCGACUACUGCAGUGUGACCCCAGCAGCGCUUCGCAGUUUUGAGUCACUCCAGACAACCGGCACUCAAUGCAUGAAAGCUCUUAUAUCUCAUUCUUCUUUGUGUUCCAGACGGAAGAGUUUUAAGAGUAAAAAAAAAGUGCAACAGUUUUCAGUUUUUUCCCAGAAAGGACAUGCGUACAUCUGAAGAGCAAAGACAACACCUGCCAAGACAUCCAAGUCUGCUGCGUGUCAUCCGUCCUUGUCUCUGCUAGUGGAGUGCUUGACUCCACACACACACACACACACACACACACACAAAAAAGGGUCCAGAUUUGGGAAAGGAAUGUUCCUUUUUAGGAAUCGUGCAUGCGCUCCCGACCUUCCCCACUCCUCACAAACCUUUUGUGUUUAAUAUCUGUGCUGUUUUGUUUCUCUUCCCCUUUGUUUUGUGAGCGCACAGUUCCCCAUCUACUUUUUAUAUUGAUAUUUAUGUGUAUAUACAGUAUAAAUGCAUAUUAGAACUACAAAGGAAGGCAGUUAUAGACGUCUUUUUACUCGCGUGCAUCUUACGGCAGUAUUAUGUAGCUUCGGGCAGUAUCCAAAUCUUAGUCUCUAAUCGACCCAGUGGACUGAUGGACUGAAUGUUGGGAUUUUCCUGCUCUGGCGCUCAUGAUCUUUAUUUUACAAAGAGAAGGCUGAGGAUCCCAUUCUUGAAUUCUAUUCAUUUGAACUUUUUGUUGUUGUUGUUGUAAAUAUGUGGUUUGCCUCCAUAUCUCUUUUAUUUAUUUUUGCAUUUUUAUGGUGUUUAUUUGACCAAGGGUGAUUUUAUUACUGUUUAACCGAGACGUUAGACACUUGGUGAUGUAUUAUGAGCAAGUUGUUGUUAAUUCAAGGCUUUUCAAUGCAUUGUGGGUAAUGUUUGCAUCAGGGGAUACAUUCCGUUGUGUUUUGAAUGGAAUACACUAUAGCACAUAUCA